CUUUGCCACUCCUUUCGCCUGUUGCUGAGCGAUCGAGUAGUCGUCGUCGAUCGCUCGGUGCAUGGAUCCCAUCUCCCCGGACUCCGACGCGUUACCCCCGCCGGAGGGCCGUGGCUCCUCCCCGGCGCCAUCGGCGGACGCUCGCCUCGCUGCCCCCUCGCUCCCCAGCCGCUACGAGUCGCAGAAGCGCCGGGACUGGCAUACCUUCCUGCAGUACCUGCGGAACCUGAGGCCGCCGCUGGCCCUGGCGGCCUGCGGCGGCGCUCAGGUCAUCGAGUUCCUGCGCUACCUCGACCAGUUCGGGAAGACCAAGGUCCACGUGCCUAGCUGCGGCUUCUUCGGCCGGCCCGGCCCGCCCGCCCGCUGCUCCUGCCCGCUCCGCCAGGCCUGGGGCUCCCUCGACGCCCUCAUCGGCCGCCUCCGCGCAGCCUUCGAGGAGAGCGGCGGCCGCCCCGAGGCGAGCCCCUUCGCCGCCCGCGCCGUCCGCGUGUAUCUGCGGGAAGUCCGCGAGAGCCAGGCCAAGGCACGGGGGAUCACCUACGAGAAGAAGAAGAGGAAGCGGAUGCCGGCGGAGGCCGAGGCUCCAGCUUCCUCCUCCUCCUCCUCACUGUCGUCUGCCGCGGCAAUGAGUACUGGCGCCACUGAGAGAAGCGCCGGCGAUGUUCCGCCCGGUGGGUCUUCUUAGUUAAUCGAUCUGCUUAAAUUAAAUUAAAUUUUCCGAGUUACGUUGAUCUUUGAAGCAAGUAUUAAUCUGUUGUGGCUUUCUAUUAGUUUUGAUUAAUCAUGCUUUCGAUCGAAGAGAUCAUGAAUAUGGAUGAUCGAUGCACUAUAUAUAUAGAGAACUCUUCAAUUC